AUGUUGAAAUCAUUACAAGAUUCGUAUGAACUACUCCGCGACCAAGUAUGGUUCUUUCGAUUCUUCGUUAUCAUGGGCGUAGUCUGUGUGUACCGAAUAUUAUUACACUUUGUUUUACGUUCCAAUCAUUGUCCGAAUCCAUUCUGUUCGAAAUGCCUUGGAGCAGGGUCAGUUCGUGGUCGUGCAAUCAAUCGAAUUAAACAAGAUUACAAUGAUGAAGAUAAUCGUUUCGGCUCGAUUAUUCAUAAUAACCUAGCGCAACAUGAUCGUUUAUGCAGUAAAAACGAUGAAAAACCAACGGUGUAUUUUCAUCGUGGUUUGAGUAGUACGAUAGUUGAUAUCGCCGAUCAGAAGAUUUUAGUUGAACAUUAUCAAGAACUUCGGCAGGAAAUUGUCAAGUAUUUUCAAGAAAAUGAAACUGUCUCUUGGACACAUCUUCAUCUGUAUGAAAACGGCAAAGAAAACUCGAUAAAUUGCAAAAAAUUUCCCAAAUUAUUCGAAAUUCUGCAAUCAUUACCCAACGCUAUUUGUGUCAACAGCACCAAUUGUCUUUUCGGAAAUUGUUUUCUCACAUUUUCCUCGUCCGAACAAAUCGAAGAAGCGUCCAAAGGCUUAACCAAUUGUUCAAUUCGCAUGCACUUCGGCCUUUUAUGUGACGAACAAUCACCCGCAUACGUUCUUCUCAACAAACGAAAACGUUUAACAAUUCAGAAUCAACAAUCAACUACAUAUAACCACGCUGUCGAACAUUCCAUCAAAAAUCCCCAGGAAGGCAAACAAGUAUUCGUAACAAUUGACUUCUGGCAUCCAGAUUUAGCCAAUGAUAUGCGUCAACAAUUAGCAUCUAUUUUUAAUACUGAUUUAGCAUAA